AUGGAGUUCAUCAAAAUGCACCAUCUGCGACUCUCCAGAGGUGAGCUCUUGAGUGUCACAUCAUCUAAUUUGGCGCGAGUUGCGGUUGGAGUGGUAUCAGCGCUGGUUCUGGGAGGUGGCGAUCAAAGAUACGAAAUGGUCAUAUUGAAAGUCUGGGGGAGCUUGCUCGCGCAUCUUCCACCACCGUGUGGAGGAGCACCUCAGUGCUGUUCUUCUAGGAUGGAUAGACUCAAAAGGUGUCUCAGAGGGUUGCAUGAAAUACAUGUUCACGUAGCGGUGAAUCCGCAUCAUAAUGCAUCACAGCCUAUGUUAGAACGGUGCGCUUCGCAGUCCUACCAGCUCAGCAGCUCUCGGGAUAUUCAUGAAAAUCUAAAUCGCGAGGCUCAGUCGCUGUUGGAUGUUUGUAAUAGUUUUUUGGGCGCUCCUGGUUUCGGGAUGAAAUUCGGUGAAGGGAAGAUCUUCUUCCUGUAG